UGAUGGUCUUCACAUAAACUCCAGACUGGUUCCUCAACACACGGCACCCAACAGUUUAUACUCCCUUUUAAUUUUAUCUUCAUUUUUUUUAAACUUUCACCAUGAGUGUUGAGCAAACACUAGCUCCAGGGGAUCACCCCGAACCUCCUUAUCCUUUACAUCAUUCGGUAGUCGACCGCAUUGACCCUCAGUAUGCAACUUUCUACAACAAACAUAUAUACAACAACCAGCAAGUACACCUUCAACCAAUAGAAGCAUCACGAGCAAGUGGGACUCUAAUUCCUGGUGCCGGCCCUCUAGCCACGGUUGCCAAGGCAGAAGACUACUUCAUCUCGCGAGAGGAGACGUCUGGUCCGAGGGUAAGAGUUCGCGCCUUCACACCUCACGGGGAAAGGCCUGAAGAGGGGUGGCCUGUCUGUGUAUAUUUCCAUGGAGGGGGCUGGGUCCUGGGAACUAUUGACACCGAAAACGUAAUUGCGACAAACCUCUGCGCUCGUGGUAGGUGUGUCGUGGUCGCCGUUGACUAUAGAUUGGCCCCUGAGGAUCCCUUCCCCGCCGCGGUUGAUGAUAGCUGGGAGAGUGUCCUCUGGGUCUUAGGCGAAGGAAAAAAGGUCCUACAGCUGGAUACGACAAAGCUAGCCACUGGAGGCUCUUCGGCAGGCGGAAACUUAGCCGCUAUCAUGUGCCAGCGCGCCGCGGCGCUCGGAAGCCCUAAGUUCUCUUUACAAUUGCUUUCGGUCCCAGUUACGGAUAACACAGCCGACACAACGAACAGUGUAUCGUGGAAGGAGAACCAACACACACCAGCGCUUCCGGCACCGAAGAUGAUGUGGUAUCGAAAUCACUACCUCCCUAACCAGUCGGAUUGGUCCCAUCCUGAGGCGAGCCCACUGUUGUGGGAAGGCGAUUGGUCGAAACUGCCGCGGGCCAUCAUCGUCGUUGGCGAACUGGAUGUGCUAAGGGACGAAGGUCGACAGUUCGGGGACAAAUUGCGGAAUGCGGGCAUUUCUGCUGACGUGUAUUUGAUGAAGGGUCAGCCUCACCCCUUUAUCGCGAUGGACGGUGUCCUAGAUGCUGGAAGAGAUGCUAUCACGCAUUUCUGCGAUGCACUCCGGGAAACAAUGUAUCCUACAUUGGAUACGGUCUCUAAGUAGAUGUCAUGAACUCGGCGCUCUUUUUAGGGCAUACAUGUAGUCGAGACGUAUAUGCGGACGCCUGAACGGGAAAUAGCAUAUCUAGUAGUUAGGGAUAAACCCUCCUGAUUCUCAUCGGAACGCCAUCUUCCCUAACUAUCCAUUAAGUAGGUAAACUAGGUACCUAACGGACAAUAUGGGAGUCACAGAGUCGUGAAUAGGCCAAUAGAUAUAGCCUUUAUAAAGUCAUCUAUUCUUUACGACACUAUUUCUCGUAGUUGUGGUCGACAGUGAAUGUGAUUCGCGCUAGAACCGAGUACAUACACACACAGUACAUAUCCCAGCUUGCAGGCGGCGUCGAGACUUGUGUGUGUCAUUUAAUUAGAUCGUCUUGGAUGCUGAGUGAAGCUGAAUGAUGAAACCGAGAAGUAUUACUACCUAAGUAUCUGUUGUUUUCGCAUUUUUGUAGCAGUACAUCCUAAGAGUUCGAUCAACUAGGCGUUCCUAUGUCGUAGAAGACAUAUGGAAUUUAAUAAGUUGCAGUACACUCGAUUUCGACAUCGACAUUAAGUGGCAACGUCUUCACCGCGACACAA